ACGCACAAAAAUGAGGCUGUAAAUGAUUUUCUGACAUUAUUGACCACAUAUGUGACCUUUUGGCUGUUUGUUGUUGUUCUUUUAACCUGCGCGCGCAGGUCUGUAGUGCGGGAGGCGGGGACGCGCGUGGACGGGCUUUAAGAAAAAGCGGAUAUGUAGCGAAGUGGAAGAGCGCUGUGCGGCCGGAGUUACACACAAAAACAGAGUUUAUCUGAGUGGGUUUGACAGACAGGCAGCGGCGGCAUGUUGUCGGACCUCUGACGCGCAACUUUUGUAAGUUGUGUGUUCGGUUAACGGCGGCCGGAACCGAGCGCACGCGCCACACCGGAGGAGAGGAGACAAUGGGCGCCGCUUCCUCCUCUUACCGGGUCAUUUACCUGGACGUGGACGGCAGGAUCCAGAAGGUGGUGUUCAGUAGAUUUUGCAGCCCUUGUGACAUUAAGGAGCUGUUCUGUACAGCACUGGGUGUGCCAAGGAACACGAACCUGGCUCUGCUGGAUUCAUCGGGAGCCAUGGUGUCCAUUGACCCCACCAUGCCACACAACACAGAGAGGUCACCGUACAGAGUCGUGCCCAUGGCCGGACAGCUUGGUGAUAAAGAGGAACUCUUCCAGAAUGUACUGACGCAAGUAGCAGAACAGUUUUCAAGGGCAUUCAAGAUCAACGAGCUGAAGACCGAGGUGACCAACCGUCUGGCCAUGUUGGAAAAACGAGUAGAGUUGGAGGGGAUGAAGGUGGUGGAAAUCGAGAAAUGUCGAAAUGACAUCAAGAAGCUCCGGGAGGAAAUGGCUUCGAGAAACAACAGUAACUUCCUGGAGGACAAUAAGAAGCUUACUCCUCACAGAGAUGUGCCCUCCUAUCCUAAGUACGUGCUGUCACAGCAGACCAUAGACGCCCUCAGAAAACCUGCCUUCGACGUCUGGCUGUGGGAGGCCAACGAGUAUCAUCUGUCUAAGGAGACAGUAGAAGCUCUUAGACUACCUACAUUCGAUGCUUGGCAGUGGGAGCCAAAUGAGAUGCUCAGCUGUUUGGAACACAUGUAUCAUGACCUGGGCCUGGUGAAAGACUUCAGCAUCAGCCCCAUCACACUCAAGAAAUGGCUGCUAUCCAUUCAUGACAACUACAGGAAUAACCCCUUCCACAACUUUCGCCACUGUUUCUGUGUCGCUCAGAUGAUGUACUCUAUGAUCUGCCUCUGCAGCCUGCAGGAGAAAUUCAGUCAGGUGGACAUUUUAAUUCUCAUGACAGCUGCUGUGUGUCACGACCUGGAUCACCCUGGACUCAACAACACGUACCAGGUCAAUGCCAGAACGGAGCUGGCGGUUCGCUACAAUGACAUCUCUCCAUUGGAGAAUCACCACUGUGCCGUGGCCUUCCAAAUUUUCUCCCAACCCGAAUGCAACAUCUUCUCCAGCUUCGACUCCGAGGCCUUUAAACAGAUACGACAGAGCACCAUCACACUGAUCCUGGCCACAGACAUGGCACGGCACGGUGAGAUAUUGGACUCUUUCAAACAAAAAGUGGACCACUUUGACUACAACGAUGAGGAGCACGCUACAUGUUUGAAGAUGGUGCUCAUAAAGUGCUGUGACAUCUCUAAUGAGGUUCGACCCAUGGAGGUGGCUGAACCCUGGGUGGACUGUCUGCUAGAGGAGUACUUCAUGCAGAGUGACAGGGAAAAGGCUGAAGGACUUCCAGUGGCUCCAUUCAUGGAUAGAGAAAAGGUCACCAAAGCCACCGCUCAGAUCGGCUUCAUCAAGUUUGUCCUCAUCCCCAUGUUCGAGACUGUUAUGAAGCUGUUCCCACAGAUAGAGGAGGCGAUGGUUCAGCCCCUCAGAGAGUCCAGAGAUCGGUAUGAAGAGCUCAAGCAGAUUGACGACGCCAUGAACGAGGCACAGAAGAAGAAAAGUGAGAACUUGACUAUGGGUGGGAAGAAGUAAGACGUCUGAAAACAGCACCAGAGUGAAGGAGACAAAGCGUGGAAUUGUUUGGGUGCGUUUAGCGUCUGGAAACCAUCACGUUGUGCACUGAGUGGCGCAGAAAUCCAGUGGGUUUUGUGGUGGAUCUCUGGCAUGGAUCUGACACUUGUUACAAUCUACUGAGGGACAGGAGGACAAGGAUCCAGUUUUUCUUUUUCUUCCUUCUUUCAGGGAAUGACAACAUUUGUACAGCACAGACUACUUCACUGAACAAUAUUUAGAUACAUAUCUUUAUGGUUUUUUAUGUGAGCCACAUUUUUUUUACUGAAUGUACAGAUUUUUAGUGACCUUUGUUCUUUCCUACAAAAAAAUAAUAAAUGGAAUUACUUU